UGCAACAUGGCGACUGCAAUGACAGGACGUGGCUUCGCUUUUAUUAGGAAUAUAUCUGGAGUGUUACACUCAAGACUACAGGUCCUGGGUGGCGGUCCUCAGCAGCUCUCAUGUUUCCACACCAGUACUUCACUGGAAUCAAAAAACUGGGAGAAGAAGAACCUGAAGGUGUAUCAACCUCAGCUGCUUGACGAGCCUCGCAGACCAGCAGAGAUUCACCACAGUAGGAGGCAGAUUAAGUACAGCAAAGACAAGAUGUGGUACUUGGCCAAAAUGAUUCAAGGAAUGAGCAUUGAUGAGGCCAUUGCCCAGCUGGAGUUCAACGACAAGAAAGGGGCCAAGAUCAUGAAAGAGGUCCUUCUGGAAGCUCAGGAAAUGGCCGUCAAGAAUCACAAUGUAGAGUAUAAAUCCAACCUGUAUGUAGCUGAGUCCUACUCCGGCAAAGGGAGGUACCUGAAGCGGAUCCGUUACCAUGGACGGGGGAUGUUUGGCAUCAUGGACAAAGUUUACUGUCACUACUUCGUCAAGCUUGUGGAGGGCUCGCCGCCCAAAACAGAGAAGAAGACGAGCUUGGACCAAGCUAAAGAGUACGUCCAGAGCCUCAAGAACCGAACCAUCAUCCACAGCCUGUAGAUCAUAGGAUUGAUUCUAUUUCACAUGUACCUUUACUGUGUGUUUCUGAGUGUAUGCGUCAUUUGACAUUUGUAAAUAAAAAAAGAUUGAUUGUAUAAUGAGACCUUCCAGCAUUUAAAUUUUUUUUAAGUAAUACUGACUGCAGCCAGUGUUUCAGAUUUAAAUAAAGUGACGAUAACUUCAAA